GCGCUGCGUGCUGCGGGAAGCAGAGGCCGCGGCGCCGGGGAAGAUGGAAGACUACCAGGCUGCCGAGGAGACUUCCUUUGUCGUUGACGAAGUGAGCAACAUCGUGAAAGAGGCCAUCGAGAGCGCCAUCGGCGGCAAUGCCUACCAGCACAGCAAGGUCAACCAGUGGACCACGAACGUGGUGGAGCAGACGCUGAGCCAGCUCACCAAGCUGGGCAAGCCGUUCAAGUACAUCGUGACCUGCGUCAUCAUGCAGAAGAAUGGGGCUGGGCUGCACACGGCCAGCUCCUGCUUCUGGGACAGCACGACUGACGGGAGCUGCACCGUGCGAUGGGAGAACAAGACCAUGUACUGCAUCGUCAGCGCCUUCGGGCUGUCCAUCUGAGGUGGCCGCGCUGGCCCUCCCAUCUCCGUCUCUCCUCCCGUUGGUGUUUCCUGAGGUGCGGCUCUCGCCGCGGAAACACCAGCAUCACCCCCAGAGAAUCGUCACCAGAGGCUGGCCUGCCACCUGUCUUAACUCGGAACAUUUCUUUUCUCAAAGGUGCUCAAAACCGACAUCUGCUCGUGUGAAACUCAACUCUGCAAUGACUCACGGACACUAGUUUUCCAUACUUUGUACUUUUGUUAGAAUAAAUUAUUCCAACUUAA